AUGUUGAAAUAUAUACGACAAGAAAUCGUAUAUCGGCGUCGUCAUCAUUGGGUUUCACUUUAUCGUCAACAAAAACGAUCGUCAUUUGAAUACAUGGGAAAGAAAACUAUGGAACGAAUUCGAGAUCAAUUUAGGGCCCAAAUUGCUUCGAUAGGCAAAAGAAAAUUGAAGCCGAUUCGUGAUGAGAGAAAAAUUUUACGUCCAUAUAAACAUAUGAUCACUUACGGAUAUCACAAAAAGUAUGAUAAAAUUUCAGCUGUUAGAAAUGUAAAUAAAUUUCAAUGGGGAGCCAACCUUCUAAAUGCACACUUAUAUUUUCCUGAGGCAGCCAUAGCUUCUGCUCGUUCCGUUACCUGUAAUAAUCAGAAGAUAUUACUUCGCUAUUGUAACCAACGUAUAUUUAUCUAUUCAAUGCCUGCCAAUCAUUGUAACAGACCAUCAAAUAAAUAUUUAAUUAAUAUAUUUUCAAGCCUAGAUAAUAUUGGACCAGGAUUAUUUGAUAAGCAGCGACCACCACUAUCACGACCACGACCACCAAAACCACGACCACCGCCACUACCACGACCACUGCCACCAGCGCCUCCGGGUCAAGCUACAAUAAAGUGGCCGAGAACGCAAACACAAAAACCAGAAACUCAAACUGCAGCUCUCGCUAAGUCUCAGCAUCAUAACUAUAUUCCAAGUCAAUUAGCACAGUCAGUGAACCAGAAUAAAAAGAAGUCUAAAGGACAACGAAAGAAAAAUUGCUAA